UCUCACGCGAAGCCCAGGCAGUCUAAAUAAUGUGGACUGUCUCUGAUGCGACUUCCGACAUUUGAAAAUGUUUCAAAUUGACCCCCGGCUUUUAAUCAUCCGACGAGGCGUCCUCGAAAGGCAGUUUAUCAGGAGCUGCGGGGGAAACCUGUUGAUCUGAAGAUGUCAAAAAGAGAGUGGCGGUAAAACAGCGCUCAGAGAGUUGAGAAUGAUGGAUACAAAGCGUGCUCUGCUGGCCGUGGAGCGGCUCCAGCAGAGGCUGAAGAAGAAGGGAGAGCUGCCUGCUGAGGAAAAACUCAGUCUGCUCAAGAGUGUCUUACAGAGCCCCCUGUUUCACCAGAUACUCAACAUGCAAGAGAACGGACAGCAGUGUGAGCAACUGCAGGUCUCCCCCCGACCUCCUGCUUCUCAGUCUAUGAGUGAUGAUGCAGAUGGUGUGAGCACGUCCCACCACGCGUGCAAUCUGAGAUACAGAGACUCCUACCUCUCAGCCCAGCGGCGCAAUGACCGAUGUCGAUACUUCAAUCAUGUGACUUUUGCCCCUUUCAUCACAGAGGACAUUUCACUGCUGCAGUCCAUGGCCCAGGGACGGACUGUGCUUAGUUUUGACCUGGAGAAGGGUGAAAGUGCUUUAGGCAUCAGCAUUAUUGGUCUGGAGACUGAAAGCAUUGGAGGUCACGGUAUCUUCAUACAGAAGAUUGAGCCUGAUUCUGUAGCGUGCAGUGACGGACGUCUGCAUGAGGGCGAUCAGAUUCUAGCAGUGAAUGGAAAGCUGUUUGAAUCCUCUGUAACACAGGAACAAGCUGUCCAGGUCCUUCAGGAAGCUGCUCCUGUGGUAACCGUAAUUAUAGCCAGAGAGCCAACCCCAUCAUUCAGCGCCCCACAGACGAGCCACACUCUUCCCAAAAAUCUCUCUGGCCUUAAUCGUCGAUUUAGUCCUCGACAAAUUCAUCAUAUAGAUCUGCAGAAUGACGGACCGGGUCUAGGCUUUGGCAUCAUUGGAGGGAGGAGCACUGGCACCAUGGUUAAAACCAUCCUACCUAAAGGUGUAGCUGGAAAGGAUGGGAGAUUGCGCAGUGGCGAUCUUCUCCUCAGAAUUGGAGAUGUGGACGUGUCCUCCAUGGGCAGUGAUGAAGUGGCACGGGAGCUCCGUCUCGCUGGUUCCUAUGUGAGACUUAUCAUUGCCAGGGAAACCACUGAUGGUGACCUCUCACCUUCCAUCGCCCAGCAACAGUACACUCAAAAGAAACAGGAUUUAGAGAAAAAGGAAAAAGAUUUCGGCGUCAGAUUCAGCAACAACAAAAACGGUUUGGGCGUCAACAUCUCCAAAUCUCUGAAUAACCUGGACAAAGAGUCCAGAGGAUUUGAAGUAAGGAGCAUUCACAUUGGAGAUGGCAUCGUUUCCAAAGCGGAGGAGAUCCUGCUCACUGGCCAACAAGUGCAGAUCGCUGUUCACAGAAUGGGCUCAGCGUCUGGAACACAAACUACCCCCAGUAUGUCCACAAUCUCUCAGAGACCCUUAACCCCUCUGGGCCUCCUUCCCCCUCCACUGCCUCCAUGUCUACCAGAGCCAAAGCCAGUUCUGCCCCCAAGGAAAGUUUUCUAUACUGAACGCCGGGACCUCAACUUCAACAGAGAGUGCAUUGAGUCAACGCAAACCUGUGAUUUAGAGUCCAGUAUGAAGAAAAGAAACCAGUCCUUGUUUUGCAAACUGUCUGAUGAAGAGGAGGAGAAAUUGAAGGAGAAGUGGCAAAGCAAACUGGGUCCUCAAUAUGAAGUCAUGGUGUCGCUGGUGCAGAAGUUCACUGAGAGCAGCGGUCUUGGUCUGAGUUUGGAGACUAAGGAAGGUCACCACUAUAUCCGCUCCAUACUUCCAGAGGGUCCGAUUGGACAGACGGGAAUCAUACGGCCCGGAGACGAGCUGCUAGAGGUGAACAGGCUUUCUCUGAUUGGAGAGACACAUAAGGAAGUUGUGAGCUUGCUGAGGGAACUUCCUGUGAAUGUUUGUGUGGUUUGCAGUCGUUUCAUCCUACCCACAGUCGGAGAGGAAGAGGAUGAUGAUGAUGACGAUGUACAACUCUCACUCAAGGACCUACUAGCAGAAUUUAAUGAAAAGGCAGAGCAGAAGUCAUUCGGGGGUCUCUUUUCACGCAGAGAGGAUGAAUGGAAGACAGAGGCUCCUGUGCUAUCCCAUCAGGCCAUGUGGGAGAACGAGAUACAAGUCUAUGAGCUGCAGAAAGGCGAUUCUGGCCUGGGAUUCAGUAUACUAGACUACCAGGACCCCAUGAACCCAGGGCGCACUGUGAUAGUGAUCCGCUCUCUUGUAGCAGGCGGCUUGGCAGAGAGAGAUGGCCGCUUGUUGCCAGGCGACCGGUUGAUGUUCGUGAACGGGACUGACUUGAGCCACGCGAGUCUGGCUCAGGCCGUUCAUGUCCUGAAGGGCACUGCUGUGGGCACCGUACGAAUCGGAGUCACCAAACCAUUAGCGGAAAAUGACAUUCAGGACACAGAAGCUGAUAUAACAGGCAGCUGCCACUCAGAGCGUAACAACCAGCACGGCACUUUGCAGACAAAUUCCCACUCUCAGAACAGCAAGAUGGAGGCUGAUGCUAUUAAUGCAUCCAUCCCCUCAAGUGGCUAUGAGAGAACCAUAACUAUAGUCAGGGGAAACUCCAGUCUGGGAAUGACAGUGAGUGCCUUAAGGGAUGGUUCAGGCAUGAUAAUCCGCUCUGUGGUUCAUGGCGGGUCAAUCAGUAAAGACGGGAGACUGGCAGUGGGGGAUGGAAUUGUUGCCAUCAAUGGAGAAUCCACCACCAACCUGACCAAUGCACAAGCCAGAGCCAUGCUACGCAGACAUUCACUGAUCGGACCUGAUCUCAGUGUGACUUACGUGCCUGCUGCUUUCCUGGACAUGCACAGAGCCUGCUAUGCCCAAUCAAAAGAGGAAACAGAACUACACAGAACAGCUACCGUCCAACCCAAACACGCACAAAAGCUGCCUUUUAAACCCCUAGAAUGCAUUUCUGAACAGCAAAGUACCGUGGACGGUAAGGAAGUAAAUGGAAACACCCAAAGAGGUGCAGAAGAGAAUGAAGAAACAGAUAACCGCAAUCAAAAUAAACCAAGAGAAAGCAACGAAAGACUUGAAAGAGCCCAAAAGGUGGUGAAUGACAGACCGGUCUUGCAGAGUGAGAACAGACAAAGACGGAGGGAAAAAGACAGAAGAAAAGAUGAAGAAGAGAUGCAUGGGAAGGAUCAAAGUUCAUGGAGUCAGCCUAGAAGAGUAACGUUAUUCAGGGCUGGGGGCGCAUGUCUUGGCUUCAGUGUGGUGGGGGGUCGUGGUAUGGGCAGCAGACUGAGCAAUGGAGAAAUGAAACGGGGCAUCUUCGUAAAACACAUCGCAGAAGACAGUCCAGCUGCACGAAACAGCACUUUGAAAGAAGGAGAUCGAAUUCUUCAGGUUCAAGGUGUGGAUGUGAGUGAUUUUACUCAUGAAGAAGCCGUGGAGACGAUCCGUAGAGCAGAAGACAAAGUAGAGCUACUAGUGCAGAGUCCUCAGUUUUCAACUCCUGAAGACUGCUCUGAAGAUGACAAGAGGACAGAUGUGUCAAAAUCAAAUUCUCCAAAUCAUCAGGAACCCGAGACCCUGAAUAGUCUCUCCCCAACAUACCCCUUCAGUCCUAUUCCCUUUAAGCGCACAGAAGACUGCAAGUUGUGGAAGCCUCCACAUUUAGCGCCCCCCCUCCUGAAACUGCCCUGCAGGCAAGUCGACACAGAAACAGAUGGAGUGCAGAGGGUUCCAGAGAGACCACCCCUGCCAGAAGAGGCUGCACAUCAUCACAGCGAGCAGCAGCAGGCCUUUUACUGGAGCCGCAUGCAGCAGAGGUAUGGCAGUCUGCCUGGAGAGCUGCACAUGUUUGAUCUGGACUGCGGCUCGCGCGGCUCUGGGCUGGGAUUGUGUUUGUCAGGAAACAGAGAUGGAGCCCGUGGUAGAAUGAGUGUGCACGUGUCAGAGAUCAAAGCAGACGGGGCCGCCGCGGCAGAUGGUCGGGUCAGAGUGGGAGAUGAACUACUGGAGAUAAAUGGACAAGUUCUGUAUGGACGCAGCCAUCAGAAUGCAACGGCAAUCAUCAACAAUGCUCCAGAUAAAGUCAGGAUUCUGCUCACAAGGAAUAAAGCUGAACAGAAACAAAUGACUACAGGACCGGCAAAGGAGAAGGACAACUGUCCCGCUGUCUCUCCUGCCAUGCCCAUUAAUAAGAUCAGAGAAGUCCAACAUUUAGCUUUGCCACAGGAUGGAAGGAUCAGCAGAGAAGAUAAACUGAAGUCUCGCUCCUCAGAGAGCCUGAACACUGCUCUUCCUGCUCCGGUCAAUGCCACAUCCAAUCAUAAGCCCUCCUGUCAUCCUGCCAGUCACAUGUCCCCCAGCAACUGUACUCCUCCGUCAUCUGGCAUUUCAUCAGCUAAUGAGAGCGUUCGCUCCACGGCCAAUCAGAGCACUUCUUACUUUACCCAGUCUUCUGUGAGCUCUGACCCCCUAACAUGUCCCAUCAUACCUGGCUUUAUAAAUACCAUUGAUAUCUGCAAAGGAACCACAGGACUCGGACUCAGCAUAGUAGGAGGCUGCAAUACAGUACUGGGAGCAAUAGUGAUUCAUGAAGUGAAUAAGGACGGCGCGGCUCACAGAGAUGGUCGCUUGCGGGCAGGAGAUCAUAUACUGGAGGUGAAUGGCAUUGAUCUGAGAAUGGCCACUCAUGAGGAGGCCUUGAGCGUCCUGCGCUUGAGUCCGCAGCGCGUGAGGCUGUGCAUCUACAGAGACCCUGUGACAGAAAACCACUCCACGCACCAGAAGCACACGCCUGAAGACAUGUGGGACCUCUUCAGCGUGGAACUGGACCUCAAAACAGGACAGGGACUGGGGAUUGGCACGGUGGGGAAAAGGAACGACACUGGAAUCUUUGUGUCUGAGAUAACAAGGGGAGGGGCUGCAGACGUGGAUGGAAGACUGUUGCUAGGUGACCAGAUUUUGUCUGUGAAUGGAGAGGACAUCCGAGCUGCGUCACAGGACUAUGCAAGCGCACUACUGCAGAGCUGUAGUGGGCCCGUGCUGUUGGAGGUGGCUCGUUUUAAAUCAUCACACUACUCAUAUGGAGAGCAGGUGGGUGAGCUGGAUGUCCCUCUCCUCUCAUCUCUCAGCACAGAUGAUUCUGUGGAUGGAAAUGUGGAUAUCAGAACUGUCACCGUUCAGAAGCAUGAAUUUGAGUCUGUGGAGUUGAGAUCGAGAGGCGCUCGGGAAGAUUCAGGGAUUUAUAUCUCCAACCUGGACCCCACCAUACCUGCGGCACACGCGGGACUUCUGCAGCUGGGUGCCAGGGUCAUCAGCAUUAACGGUACAUCAGCUGAACGUCUCUCAGUUACGGAGGCAAGCACUCUCCUGAGAAACAGCAGUGGAGCCGUCACACUGCAGCUGAUGCCAAAUGGAUGUGCAGAUGGAGCUAAGAUCGGUAAAGAUCGGUCAUCUUUCAUUCAAUCCUCACCUGGACUCUCAGAAAAUUACAAUACCCACAAUCACCAGAGUUCUCCUCAGUUCCAGACUAUCGCUCUUGAACGUGGCUCUGCUGGGCUUGGCUUCAGUAUUGUAGGAGGAUUCGGCAGUUCCCAUGGCGACUUGCCCAUCUAUGUCAAGAACAUAUUUCCCAAGGGAGCCGCGGUGGAGGACGGGCGUCUGCGUCGCGGGGAUCAGCUGUUGACAGUAAACGGACAGAGUCUGGAGGGGGUCACUCACUCUGAAGCCGUCGAGCUCCUUAGGCAAACCAGCGGGACAGUUACACUACAAGUACUCUCAAAACCACUUUCGAGAUGCUGAUAAUGUCACCGUCCUGUACAGAUGCUUUGUGUACACCUCAAGGAGCAGACGCAUUACUGAUUGUUAGACGCAUGAAGAUUCUACGAGCUGCGUUUCUCAAAAAGAAAGAAAAAAGAAAAUUACAAAACGUAGUCUUUUCUAAUUGCAAAAAUAUCUCAGUGUGUGUAAAGUGGGAGAAGCCAAUAGAGACUAGUGCUAAACCAGUGGUUCUCAACCAGGAUGAGAAUUUUUGAUGUAUUAAAUAAAAAAAUUUAACCAAACUAUAUAAAAAUAUGAUAAAGUACAUGAUGCGAUUAAAAAAAAAAGUAUUGUCCUUAAUAAUAAUUUAAUUGGAGAACAUACAAUUUACAGUUUUGCGGGAAAAAAGAGUUUAUUAGCAAAAACUGUUAACUUCAUGUUUUUAUUUUUUUUUUGUGUGUUAGUUAACUAGUAUUUUUAGUUAUUUUUACCUAAUCAAACCUGCAGAUUAAUUGUGAUUGAUAGGAACGUACAAUGAAUAAAAAAAAUAUUUUUGAAAAUUGUUACAGGAACAAACGAGAUGCUUCUUUGUUUAAUCGGAUCUAUGUUAAGCUAUGUUAAAAGUGAGUUCGGCUGAAUGGAUUAAAAAAAAAGAUAAAACUCUGGGGGAGUUGGAGAAUGAGCCUAUUUUUUUUUUUAAAAAGUGGAGUGUUACUUUAAGAACGGACCAUUCUCACAAGACUGUGAUGAUGCAUUUAAAGGUCAUCACCGUUAUAAUUACUCUCAUUUUUUCAUAUUUGUAUAAAAAAAAAUACAUUUCUAACACUAUUCUCUGUAUUAUAUUACCUUUUCAUCAAAUUACAAAAAAUAGUUUACACCAAUGCCAGGGUCUUUCCAAAGCAGCGUCUAUAGAAGGGCCAGUUCUCUUAUCAGUCUCUCUCGAAUUUAUUCCUUUUAUUUAAAGUCAUGAAAAUGCUAUCAUUUUCUUUUGCUAUUUGAGCGAAUAAGAAUGCAAAAAAUAUAUCUGUGGUACUUUUGCAUUCGAUGCUCUUCAAGUUAACCCAACUAUGAUGACUUCUGCUGCGGAGAAACCCGAAAAAAAAAAAAAAAAAAAAAAAAAAAAAGUCCCAUGGAGUCAUGUUUUUGCCAAUGAACUCUUCACUCGUUCAUACUUUUUUUUUUUUGUAAAUGAUCCGCAAUUAAUUUAAAACUUAACGUGAAACGGUUGAGAACCAUUGUGCUAAACUGUGAUUCUUUUACACGUAUCAGCUUUUUUUUGUAUCGCAUUGCUUCACAACACAUUUGUAUGCUUAAAGUCCACUUCUCAGCCUCUGAAUAUAUAACAGGCAUAGUUACUGCUAAGAGCUCACGUUAUGUAUAGUUAUUUAUAAGUGUGCUUCGCUUACACGUAUAGGUUGUCAUAAAUCAUGCAAAAUCUAUUUUAAGCAAGACAUAUAUAAGAAUAUUUUCUAACUCGAUGAACAAUUAUAGCUGUAUAAUUACUGUCUGUCGUCAGAUGCAUUCCAUACAAGUCAGCGCUUCAACAUUCAUCAGCUCAUAGAUUUUUUCUUUUUCUACUGUACAUUUAUCUGUAUACAAAAUAAAUUAUUUUAUUGGAGUAAAUAAUUGUGUGUUAAUGUGUUAAUUUUAG